CCUGCGGAAAAAAAACUGUAAACACGUUGUUCACUUUUUUCAUCUAUACAACCAAUUGCUGAAGUAAUUGCUAUCUAAAAGGGAUGUUUGUUCUCAAUAAGUUCUCAAUAAAUUCUCUAUAGAUUCGCGCCGAACCCACCUUGUUCUAGUACUGCAAUUGAGUGCUAGAUGGUAGUAGUAGUACUUGAAAAGAGUAGCAUAUAUUGAAUACUUGAAAGUAGUAGUAAGUAGCUAGCUUUCCUAGAAUUAUAAAUUAUAAAAUAAAAUCAUUCCAAGUUGAAAUCCCAACGAAUAAAGUGGUCCAAAAUUGUAUCCAACGUAAUCUGCAAAGUGAAAUAAAGUAACAGUUAAAGCUCCAGAAGUUUCCGUUAUCCAAGAAGAAAAUCUCCUAGUGGCGGUUAGUUGAACUUUGUGGACAGUGAAAUAGUGCUUUAGCCGAUAACACCACCUCCGCACGGUGUAAGGCUACCCAACAGCCAGUGUCCGAUUUUCAUUCCGAAGCAAUUUCUCCGGAAAUCACGAACCUGCUCCAACAUAUUUGGUGCCGUGACCAGGAUUCGGUUUCCGUUUCGCCAUUGUGUCCGUGAUCCGAGUGACCUUCAACCGCCAUCGCGAGAAGACGUCGCUAUUGAAAUUCCGCCAUCAUUUUCUAUCGAUCAACCGCCAUUCCUCCGAAGAAGAUUCCCGAGUGUUCCAGAAUAUUAAUACAAGGCCUAUUGAAAUUAGGCACACGGUACGUGUGAUUCCACAGUGCGCAGUUAUUAUCCGCGGGUGCCUUGAGAUUUUUUCGAUUUUCUUUACACGCUUUCAACAUCCGUCCAUCGAGAAUUCCCGCCAGUGAACGCAAGAGCGUUGCCCGUUUCCGGCCCAUUCCCGCCGGUGAAUAGAAGUGCCGUUUCCCGUUUCCCGCCCUCGAGAGUGCUACCGAAUACCCAGAGGCCAUUCCGUCACCAUUUCCGCUAAUCCGGCCAACCCUCCAUCGCCGAGAAUCCGCAGUAUCCAGAGGUGUUUUAUAAGAAAUACAAGGCAUUAUCCUAGCCUUGAAGAGAACCGCCAUUUUGUUACGCCGUACCCCAACCGUUCCGUCAUGGAGGAACAACGCCAGCUUCAGCUAACCAACCGCCGCACGACCCUCAUGGCUUCACUGGGGAGAGCCGAGCAGUUUGUGUCGAAAUACCAAGCCGACCGUGAUCAAGCCCAAGUACCGCUGCGCAUCGAGAACAUCGACAACGUGUGGAUGGGACUGGAGGAUGUUCAAACGCAACUCGAGGAACUGGAUGUCACCGAAGAAGGUAGGGAACAGAACAAUCAAAUCCGUUCCAAAUUCGAAUCCGUUUAUUUCAAAGUAAAGGCUGCUCUAAAUUCCCUCUUACCCGCUAGUCCAAUUCAAACUCCAAACGCAAUCCCUAACCCUCCCGCCAAUUUGCUUUCCGGCAUCAAGCUUCCCACCAUUUCGUUGCCCGAGUUCGAUGGCGACUACAAUCAAUGGCUGGCUUUUCAUGACACCUUUGUUGCCCUGAUACACGGUAACGCUGACGUCCCCGACGUCCAAAAAUUCCAUUACCUCCGCGCCGCCUUGAAAGGUGAAGCGGCUCAGCUGAUCGAGUCGAUCGCAAUUAGCUCUGCCAAUUAUACAGUCGCCUGGCAGACGCUGACUACCCGCUACGCCAACGACUACCUGCUCAAAAAGCGCCAUUUGCAAGCCCUCCUAGAUUGUCCCCGCAUGAAAAGAGAAUCCGCCGAAGCCCUGCAUAGUCUUGUCGAUGAGUACCAACGCCACACCAAAAUUCUCCGCCAACUCCAAGAACCCGUUGAUCAUUGGAGUACGAUGCUUGAACAUCUGCUCUGCAUCCGCCUUGACGAUGGCACCCUGAAGGCCUGGGAGGAUCAUGCUACUACCGUCGCUAACCCAAACUACACCUGUCUCGUAGAUUUUCUACAGCGUAGGAUCCGUGUUCUUGAAUCGAUGUCCGUCAACCACCAGUCGCAUAACUCGCAAACGCCCGUCAAUCAUGCCCCUCUCCACCGAAAGUCGAUAUUCCACAAAGUUGCCACCCACACCGUCGCCGAAGAUCAGCCCAAAUGCUACGCCUGCAAUGAGUAUCACUUUCUCAUUAAAUGUCCCCGCUUCGAGAAAAUGAACGUGUCAGACCGCAUGAGACUAAUCGACAACAAUCGUCUUUGUCAGAAUUGUUUCCGCCACGAUCACUUUGCUCGAAACUGCCAAUCAAAAUAUUCCUGCCGACACUGCCAAAGAAGACACCACACCCUAUCCAGCUUUCCACAAAAUCAACAGACACGCGUCUUCACGGGCUAUGCUGGUGGCUUCAGUGGCCUGGUGGAAUCUUCGGUGACGAGCGGCGAGGCAACAUCGGUGGUAGCUGGGAGCAGUGGCGGUGGCAGCGACGGAGAGAAGUCUAAGCUCGAGGAAAUGCAACCGGGUGGCCGGAAUCUGGAAAGCAGGCCUAUCUGGUGGGGCCUCGGACAAACGGACCGACAUUGGACUGCCUGGCGUGAAACGGUUAGCCGAGAUGGUGAUGGCUUCGCCUGGACGAAAUGUAAUCGUGAUAGCCAGACACGGAUGACCAGGCCGACCCGAUGUGGCUACGGAAACGUGGGCUUGCCCGUGCUUUGGUCCAAAAUGGCCAACUUUCGACGACCGAACGCUGAACGAAUGUCCGAGAUGGUGAUAGCUUCAGCCUGA